AUGGGCGCCGUAGCAAUUGCAGCCAUUAUUGCGGUAACAGUUGCUGUGACGACUUCGGCAUCAGGAGAUGACCGCACCGGCACCACAACAGAGGGCAGCACCGCAACGGAGGCGUCUGGAUCGUCGAAAACAGGCACAGCCUUGAUCCUAGGUGCAAUGCAAGACUGCUUCAUGGAAGAUUCUGUUUCCUCCACUGGAAAGAAUGGCACAUUGCGUGUCGAGGGAACUGCAUCAGUGAUAGAUGUGAUCAACGAGAUUAGGCAAGAAAGAGGCUGUCUCUUUGAUGUGGUUGUCAGAUCGGAAGACGACCACCCAAGACAUCACAUCUCAUUCGCGUCCACCCACGGGUUACCACCCUUUGCCCAUACGCUAGGCAAGCUUGGACUACCAAUCAUGUGUAGGGAUUUCCAAGGAAGAGCUUCUUGCUGCCCUACUUAUUGGGUUGAAGGGCCGGAGAGUCAGAAUUGCGACCGUGUCUUGUGUCCUGAUUCAUCCAAUAUGACUGAAGACGCCAGGGAGCGUGUUUUGGCUAGCCCUGCAUGUGAAUUGUGCCUGGAUGACAUUAACAACCGCUGCUUUUCUACUCGUCAACAGAUGUGGCCAGACCAUUGCGUUCAAAAUGAAGAAUCAGGGAUUCCUCCCAGUCUCUACACCACCGACGGCGACAUUGUGUUGAAACGAGGGGACAAUCCCUACGUUGAUGCCUACUCGGCGUUUGCGGACAACACGAACAGAAUUCCAACACCAUUGCACGCCAUCCUUGAACAGCUUGAAAUACACACUCUGUACCUUGUUGGAGUUGCAACUGAUUUUGGUAUCUUGUAUACUGCCACACAUGCCCGAAAUCGUGGUUACAAUGUUGUAGUGGUUCUGGAUGCUACUCGCCACAUUAAUGAUGCGUCAUACGAGGCUGCAAUUCAGCAAAUGGAGGAAGAAGGAAGUACCGUUGUCUAUGCAAAGGAUGUUCUGGCCAUGGAAUGCCCUGAUGGCGCGAACUAG